AUGCUCAGCGUCCCCCCCCCCUCCCACGGCUUGUUGCAGUUUGCUGCCGGAGUUGCAGACGUGCUUUCUGCGGCCCACUUGCGCCUCAUGAACUGGACGAGGUACAGCAUGAAGGGCUUCGCAUCUGCGCUAGAUGUGAUCCCAAUGGUGGGCUCCCCAGGAUUUCGGAUGCUUCACUCCAAAAUCGGCUUCCGUGCAUGUGCACCGAUACCUUCUUCGACCUCGGAAAUAAAUCCAGCUCCCAAUCUCGAUGCCACGGAUGAUCCGCGGAGGGCAGCCACAGCACUCGCUGAAAACAGCGGCCUUCAGGGGAUUGCAGAGAUGGCGAAGCUCAAGGCUAUCCAGGAGACGUCUGGAAACGCCUGGCAUGGUGUUGACUGCAUGCAGACCGGAACGACGGAUAUGUGGGCACAGAGCAUCUACGAGGCGUGCGCCUCCAAGAGCUCUCAGCUGCGUUUGGCCACCCAGGUCGUAAAGAUGAUCUUGAAAAUCGAUGACGUGCUCACUACAUCCGACGCUAUCGAUGGCUAG